CGGUGCUCACAUUCUGCCCCUGUUCAUAGCCCAAGGGUCCCUCAUUCUUCCUCCACAUCCUUACACCUCUUUUCCAUUCCAUUCCAUUCCUUCAAUUCAUUCGCCAUGAAGCCCAGUGUGCUGUUGGUCCCCAUAGCCUUUCUCUCCACAACCCUGGCCUGGAAUAGAAACCCACCGCCAACACAUGCAGAGGACCCCCUCCUGCCUGCAAAAAACCGUCGUUAUGAUUACAAGCAAUCUCUGAAGAAGCCUUUCAUGUACAACGGGGCUAUGCCCUUCUGGGAGCAUAUUGGCAACGCUUUCGUGGCCCUGGACUUUAUCCGUCUGGCGCCUUCUGUACCAGGUCUGCGCGGUGCAGUCUGGCGGUCAGCCCCGAACGAGUACAAAGAAUGGGAGGCCGAGUUCUCGUUCAAGGCCCAUGGUCAGAACUAUGUUGGUGGCAAGGGCCUGGCCUUCUGGUACACGCAAGAACGCGCCAUUGAAGGACCAGUCUUUGGUAAUGGGGAUAAGUGGAAGGGUUUGGGUGUCUUCAUGGACACAAGUGAUCCAGCCAAUCAGAGGCUCAACUCUAUCAUCUACGCCAUCAUCAACGAUGGCACAAAAUCUUAUCAAGAGGAUCAGGAAUCUAGCCGGCUUGGUGGAUGUCUUCGCGAUUAUAAAAAUUCCCCCGUCCCUGUUGUCAUCCGAGUCUCGUACAUUAGCAGAACUUUGCGUGUUGCUGUUGACACGAUGAACAAGGGCAGCAAGUUAAUGACCUGCUUUGAGCGCAACGAUAUCGAUCUUCCCGCUGGAUAUCACUUUGGAUUUUCGGCAGAGUCUGCGAGCACAGGAACGCCAGAUGAUCAUGACCUGUUCUCGUUCGAAGUGUAUGAAGUGAACCCUCCAUUAAAGACCCAGAAGCAUCUCAGGCCUCACGAGGAAGAGAUGAUCAGGAAGGGAGAAGAGGUCAAGGUUGAUGAGUCUGACAAGCUAGUAUUUGAAGAAGUUAAAAAAAUUGUCGAAGAGCAGCAGCAGAAGAUCCAGGAGGAGAUCGAUGGACCCAAUAUCCUUUCCGCCGCACAGCUGGCUGCAACGGUUUCCGAUACGCAGUUCAGGAUCGUUGAAUCGCUUAAUACUAUUCACAAAAAACUGGAGUCACUGGGAGCUCCCAUUCAGCCUCAUGAAUCAACAUCCAGGAGCUUGGAGGAGAUCAACAAGCAGAUCAGCUCGAUGACAGGGUCACUGCAUGCAAUGGAAAACGUCGUCAAGGGUUUAGUCGAUCAUAUUAUUCAGCAGGGACGCAAGAAUGCGCCGGAGAUCACCAAGGUCUUGAAAGAGGAACUGAAGAGCCUCAAUGCCAAGAUGGAGGACAUCGAUCAUCGUCAAUCAUAUCAGCAUCAACUGACGCAGACAAGGCUGGUCAACUCGAGCUCAUGGUUCUCAUAUGUAGCCUUCUUGAUACUGCUCCAACUCGCCGCAAUGGUUGCGUAUAACUGGUACAAGAGACGUCUUGAGUUGAACGAGAAGAAGUUCAUCUAAACGCGAGCAAGGCUGCAAAGUCGACAUCGCCCGUUGCAUCACGUGCAACACCCAUGAAUAAAAUGCACUUGUAGGAAUUGGAACUGGAAUUGGGUGU